UCGGAACCGAUCCUCGCAACAACCUUCCCCGCAAUCCACCAACAAUCUGUGCAAGAAGCCCAGUGCGGAUCUGCGCACCGACCCAGAAAUUGCCGACAAGAUCAUCGGCUGCCUCGGACUUGGAAUUUCACCGGAGGUCGAUCCGACGUGGCGGAUUUGCGCCGGCUGUGCCGAACGCGUCGACGCGCAGCAUGCCUUCCGGACGCGAGCCCUGCACUGCAAUAGUUACAUCGAGAACGGGCUGGAGGACAAGGAAGACGAGAACAUGUGCCGGUUCUGCUUGAAGAUUCCGGGCGGCGGCGGGAGCGUGGCGGAUGAGGUGCAAACGGUGCGGGAUUGUUUAGGGGUUGAGAUCAUCAGCUGGGACACGGUGACGAAGAUUUGUGGGGAUUGUGUGAGCGGUGUUGGCUGGAUUUCGGGCGGAAUUUUCGCCGACGGCCGUGCCGGUGAAGCUGGAGGACUUGACGGAUUCGUCGGAUUCGUACAGGACAGUUCGACGGCGGAUAACGGGGAAAAGCGGAAGGUCACGGCACGGUCGCAGCCGUGGAUUGGAAGUGACCACGAGGAUCGUAACUUUGACGUGCUGGAUGAAACGUACGAGGCGAUUGAGGUGGUCUUUGAGGAAUAUCCGUUCGAUCUUCGGUUGGUCUUGUCGGACGGGAGUUCGCUGUGGCAUUGUGUUCAGUGCAAGCUGCGAGGUUGCGUGAAGCUGAAGAUUGAUGCGAAAGGAAUGUUGGCCACUUCCGGGGGAUCAAUCGACAAGAACAACCACAUGAACGAGAUGGACAAGCUGAUGGAGUUUCCGGAGGGGAAAGGGAUGGUUCACGCGGCUACGCGGCAUUCCGGAUGGUUCGCUGGAGGCAAUUCGUACGUAUCAGCGGACGACGUCGCGAGUUGCGAUUGAAAAGAGGGCCGAUCAAGAAGGUUACGUGAGUAACGGGACUCAAACGUCCAAGUUUAAAUGUUUUGACGGAGCGGAGAAUGAAGUUCAAGCGAAGGUGAAGGCCAAUAAUGUGGAUAUUUACAAAAUCCUCCAGCAGAAGGAUCCCGCGCGCAUCGUUAAGGUGCUUCUGCACAUGGUCAGACAAAUGACAAAUUCGGCAAAUAA